AUGGCAACAAAGGCUGAAGCUUGUGUUUACUCCGCUCUCAUCUUGGUUGAUGAUGAUGUCGUUGUUACUGGUGAAAAAAUCUCCACCAUUCUUAAAGCCGCUGCCGUUAAUGUAGAGCCAUAUUGGCCAGGUUUAUUCGCAAAGGCUUUGGAAGAUGUGAACGUGCGUGACCUCAUCACGAACAUCGGCGCUGCUGCUUCAGCUGCGGCCCCGGCAGCAGAACCCGCCAAGGAAGAGAUAAAGGAGGAAGAACCUGAGGAGUCUGAUGAUGAUAUGGGCUUCGGUCUCUUUGACCAAAAAGCUUUAUCUUAA